CAUCUUUAAUGGAUUUGCCUGUUAAAAAACGAAACUGCCGCAAAAAACAAUCUUAGUCGAACAUAGUUUUAUUAUUUUCGCAGUUUCAGAUGGGCAGCACUUUAAACUUCAAACACUUCAAAUGUUAUCUAUGCUUCAAAUCCAUUUUUAACAGAGCAGUUGAAAAGAUCUCGAUCAUCCUCAUCUUAAUUUCAAAAUGGCACCGCGCGGAGGCAUUUUUACCGCUAUAACGCCUUGCCUAGCUGACAUAACGGGAGCGAUUGAAAAAAUACAAGCAGCGAUUGCAGCAAAAACGCUGAAAAAGAAAUUAUUUUACGAUAUGCUUUUGGGAUUCCAAAUAUUAGAGCAAUCUUUGCAACGCAAGCAAUCGGAAGCGUAUAAUUUGAUUUUAACGUGGCUGAACUUGUUUUUGAAUAUUCAGUCAAAUAUUAUUACUCAAAAUGAAGGUGUUCGUGAACAAUUUGAAAAAAUUGUUCCUUCUGCCGUAACAUAUAUGAUUGGUUGUCUACAACACAAAGCAAAAGAAAUAGUCUCUUAUCAUUACCAGUUAUUGGAAAUGAUACAUGAGCUGUUGAGCAACGUUCGACCAGGAGUUCUUGAGAAAAUAGCGACAUUCGAAACUGGCAUUAUAGCUUGUAUUUGGUUUCCAAUUGCCUUCGUUGGUGAUUUCAACACCCAAAUGAUGGCGCUGCGUUUACUAGUCAUGUUACUAAAGUGUGUAGAUUCAAAACGCCUUCAAAAUGAACUUGAUAACAUUCGAUGUGUAGACAAAUCUGUCAUGAAGAGUAAGCUGACCGCGGCGAUAUCUGUAGCAAACUAUCAUGCAGCCAAAUUCGAAAACACCGCGCGGGAUCUUCUGAAUACGUAUAACAUGCAUUUGGCUAAAAAUAUUUUGGUUUACUCAUUUCGUUGCAAAUCUUUUAAGUUCGGAGACAGUAUUGAAUUGUUUAAACCCAUGAACGCGGAUGACUUUUGGAUGGAUUUUAAUUACUGCCCUCGUACACUCUCAUUUAAUGGAUGUUGCCAAACAAAGAAUCAAACAAAUUCUACAAACUGCUCUGUGAAUCUGCAAAUAUUAAAGUUAUCACUCAAUUACUUAAACCUCUCCAUACAUUUUGAAGCACCUCUUCGACAUGGUAAUGAAUCGACUAAUUUUCCCGAUAUCGCUGGCAUAACAACUGCUGAAAUUAUCCUACCAAGGGAAGAAGCUAUGCGAUUGUUGGAAAACAAAUUUGUUUUAAAAUACUACAAUCAACCCUACCGGCGAAGAAAUGAAUCGAUUGUUAAAUUACACAAAACUUCCACACCAAUUCCCUUCCAAUGUAUGGAGAAUGUAAAGGAAACGACUGCAAACACGAAUAGUAUAGCAAUUGAUGACUUAAUGUUCAAAAGUAACAACAACUUUGCAAAUAUUGUAAAUAUUGCAAGCAAAGACUCCGCUCCACCAGAAGUCAGAAACUCUACCAGAGUACGGCAACAACAAUCAAAUACUCAAGCAGACUCUAAAUCAAGUCCAUCGAAUAGGGGGGCAGUUUCUAAACAAUUUCCAAAAAGUUUUGAGUUUUUGAUAGACGUUUCUAAGAAAAUCAAUGAAAACGUCAAUCCUGUGGCUUUGGAGAAUAAUAAUAUUAGUAUGAUUAAAAAAUCUUCAAGACCAAAUGAGGAACAAAAUCAUCAAAAAUUAUCACAUUUAGGGAAUACAGGAAAACAACUUUGUGGUGGACAUUUGAUGGAUAAUAUUAAAAAAACUGCUGUUGCAAAAUUAGUAAAUUAUUCUACAUCUGCUUCAGAAUCCCAGCUAUCAUCCCAAAAGUCAAGUGGGUCUUUAAAUGACAUUAUUAUUAAGCCAUCCCAAAGGCGUUUCUUUACAACUCUGAAUACCAAUUCUGAAAGUGAAACCAUUUCAAGCAAAACGAAACGAAUGUGUCGAAAACGAAAUGCCCGGCAAGACGUUACUAAUGCUUCCUUAAAGAAGUCCAAACAAGUUAAUGAAGUCAAGCCGAUGUUGCAUUCAAGCAAAGAAUUGAACCAAACAGAAAUCAGUACAAACAACAAUCGAGUGAUUAACAUAACUAACUCUGAUUCAAACGCGAAUGAGCAAAAUAGCAUUACCAUAUACCCUACCAACUCUUGUUCAUCAAAUCUGGGUUUUGACGAAUAUGAGAACCUCACUGUUAGUGACGCCGAGCCAGGAGGAUCCUAUCGUAAAUUUAAGACUCGACGAAAUUCUAAGGGUCAGACAAACAAUGUCGCCGAAACCCAGCAAUCUCGAAAACCUUUACCACGUGCUGUUAAAAAAAAUGUGUCCAGUACGUUUCUACUUGGAAGAAACUCUCAAUUAGCGCAGACCAAACCUGUAAGGAAGCGAUUGCAAUGUAUGGAUUCAUUUGACGAAGUGAAGGGGCAGACAAGUAUACCGGCAAAAAUUACAAAGUUAUCUUUUCACAAAAAUCCUACUAUUUGCUCAGCAGAUAUAAAAAACAUUGCAGAUGUGGUAAUUCGUUGUUGUACGUCAUAUAAACAAAACGAAGUGGCACAAAAUUCUCUCACCCGAACUUUUGCCAGAAAGAAAGUCGGUCAAAUAUUAAAUACUUCACUAAAUCCAAAUGAGAUUCCAAAAACGUCUGCACAAUCAUUUCAAAUUAACGUUACUAGUGAUGAAACAGAUGAAAGUGAUGAUCGAAAUAUUUCAGCAGAUGUCACUAAAGUAUUUGAGGACAAAAUUAAUGAUAUACAAGAAUGUCGCCAGAAUCUAUACCACAAAGAUAACUCCUCCGUACAUCACUACGAAGAAUUUAGCGAUUGUCCAAAUUUUUCCCAAUUGAUUGAUAUAUCAGACAUGCUGCUUUCAUCUGAGUGUGAGUCAACAGUUCUACCUGGUGAAAUAACACACCCGACCAAUACUUUGAAGUCGUCUAAUAAACAAAAACCCUCUGAUUUACCUAUUAAAAUUUAUGAUUUUAACAUGUUGAAGCCUCAUAAAUCUAGUAUAUACCGUUCACGGUCUGAUAAUGACAGUGAUUGCGAACAAUCAGUCAAUUCAAGUGAUAGAUUCGAACCAACUGCGCAGCCCUUGGAACCACCACAAACCUUAUUUGUUACGCCACAACCGCCGUUAAAAAAAUUGCAAACGACCACCAGCGUAACUAAACGCCAAGUCACCGCCACAUCAACGUCGAUAGUCACCCAGCAAGGCCGUGUUGUACAUCAAAAAUGUGUCGUCAAUUUACCAGCCUCAUCGAACACACCCAUAAACCUCUCAAAAAGUUGUUCGCGAGCCACUACAACAACUACAAAAACAAUAGUACAGGAAAAAAAAGAAUAUAGUUUGAAUAAUUCCAUCCAGAGGCCCGUGAAAUUUAUGAAAUCCGGCCCAACACCGGAAGCCUUAAGACAAGAAUCCUCAAAUAUGAUCAGCACACAUAAGUGUAAUUUAAAUUUACUGUUAGAACAUAUGGAGACAAAUAUAAAUAGAAAUUCUGCAAACGCAUAUAUUAAAAAAAUUUGCGAUGUUGCCGAACGUGUGAUCAACGAGGUUGAACGGGAGCGUAAGUCAUUAUUAGAGCUGCGGGAAAGCAUUGGACGACUCGCGCGUCAAUUAGAUUGGCAACAUGAUGCUUAUCGACGAAAAACACAACAGUUUGAAUGUUUUAAACAAAACAUUGAUACCCUUUUACGUGUAUUAGAUAAUAUCAAUCUAUUGGAAGAAAUUGAAACGGAUACGCAGAAUAAAAUUCAGCACCUUCAACAAUCCUCUAACUCCAUAGCUACGCAACAAUGGCGUAAUUUUAUUAACGAAACCACAGCAAAUUUACUCAAAGAUAUUUCCACGGUAUCGGAUUUGUAGUAGUUUUAUAAUGAAGUAUCAAUAAUUAAAUAUAUGUUUAUGGAAUUCCAUCA